UGACCACAUUGUCUCAUUUUUCACUACCCCGUGUCCCUUAGAACAUGGAGGAAAUUAUGGCAGCUUUCCCUACUAUAAAUUCUCUUCUUCAAUCCCCAACCAUAAAACCUCUCAAACAACAACACCCAGCACUUCCUCUCUUCUUAUGGCAAGACAACACCAUCACACCAUACCCAGGAGCCACAGCAGGGAAAGUUUUCUAGUUUCUCAUCAUGACUGCAAUCAAUUCCAAGUAUAAAAUCAGCUAUAAUUCGCGGAUUACUUCGUCCAUUCAUAGAUCUGUCAUAGUCAGGAAAGAGUGAAUGGAGAUUGAAUUGGUUAAGUGUGAGUGCUGUGGCCUGAAAGAAGAUUGCACCCAGGAGUAUAUCAGCGAGGUGAAGGCGAAAUUCGACGGGAAAUGGCUAUGUGGGUUGUGCUCAGAAGCUGUUAGAGAUGAAGUUAACAGGGGGAAGAAGCCAUAUUGUUUGGAAGACGCUGUGAUAGCUCACAUGUCUUUCUGUCGCAAAUUCAAAUCCAACCCUGCUGUUCGGGUGGCUGAUGGGAUGAGGCAGAUGCUCAGGAGAAGGUCUGGUGACAUGUCUUCAUCUCCAUCUGCUUCUAAGAAGUACACGAGAUCAGCUAGCACAUCACAAGUAGGAGACAACUCAUCUUUCCCCCUUUACUAGUUAGAGAUCAACAGAAAGGAGGAUUUUCCUUGGAUCCAACCAGCAAUAAUAUCAACAGUCUUUGAUUGUUGCCUUUGUACAGAGGAUGAUGUUAUUUCAAUGCAGACUUCUCCUUAAUUCUCUCGCAA